UUGAUUAGACUGGUGUUAACAGUGGCAAAUUGUGACUAUACAUUUUUAAUUUUCGCCAUUUUUUAAACACUUUUAAUGACUCUUUUUCGUGUAACAAGUAACUUAAAACGUGCAAGACCUUUCAUGUCAUUACGGAGAUCGAGAUCGCGCAAUAUUUCUUCAUCUACAGAUGUUCAACUCAAGUUGAAGACAGACGCCCAGUCAAUUUUUCAUGCUGCUCUCGGCGCGGUUUCUCCACAGGAAAUGGUAAAAAAUAACCUUCUAUUUCGUCAGAAUAUCCUGUCCAUCAAGGAUCACGAAUAUAUUGUCGAUAAAAAUGUCUCCGUGGUUGCGUUUGGGAAAGCUGUGUUAGGGAUGGCUAAAGCAGUGGAGGAUGUUCUGGGAGAUCAGAUUGUCCGGGGGGUGGCCAGUAUUCCAGUGGGACUACCCCGCGCUAUAAAAGCUUCUGGCAAUAAAGAGCUGAUUGAAAAGUCAAUUCUCAGUGAGCUCAGCCCUAUAGAAAUCAUAGAAGGAGCAAAGAACAAUCUUCCAGAUGAAAUGGCUCAAUAUGCCGCAAGCAGGAUAAGAGAUGUAGCAGAGAGCAUGGGCAACCAAGACAUUCUUAUGGUCCUUAUCUCAGGAGGUGGCUCUGCCCUCCUUCCAUAUCCUGUUGCGGGGAUCACACUGGAGGAGAAGCUGAAAACAAUCAAAGUGUUAGCAUCAAGUGGGGCCACUAUUCAUGAACUCAAUACUGUGAGAAAAAACCUCUCUGAUUUGAAAGGAGGGAAGUUAGCCAAGGCAGCCUCUCCUGCAAAGGUGGUGACACUCAUUCUCUCAGAUGUGAUUGGUGAUCCUCUGGACAUCAUUGCCAGUGGUCCAACAGUACCUGAUCCAUCAACACCAGCUGAUUGCCUAGAAAUAUUAAAAAAACUUGAUGUGGAGAAAAAGAUUCCAGAUGUUGUCAUUCAGUACCUACAGAAAUCAAAACAGAAAGUAGAGAAGCGGGUGAAAGAAAAACUGAAUAGCUUUCCUCAUGUUCAGAAUGUCAUCGUGGGAAGUAAUCGCUUUGCAGUUGAUGCUGCUGUGAAAAAAGCCCUAGUGCUUGGCUAUGCACCCGUGGUGCUGUCCACGAUGUUAAGUGGUGAAGCAAGAGAUGUGGGAAAAAUGUUCUCAGGUGCAGCUAAUCUUGCUUGGAAUGGGCAUCUGUCAAAAAUUUCACCUUCUGGAAAACAAGUAUUAACUAGCAAUAUUGUUGAUGAGAUAUUAACUGCACAUCAUGACCAAAAGCCAGUUUGCAUCAUUGGUGCUGGGGAAACCACAGUCACACUAAAAGGGAAAGGUAUAGGAGGGCGUAACCAAGAGAUGGCACUCGCACUAGCAAUAGAUGUCAUUGAAAAACUAGAGCAAUUUUGCAAUGUUGAAAACAAAGGUGGUUUGGUACUACUCAGUGCAGGUACAGAUGGCCAAGAUGGUCCCAACCCGGCUGCAGGAGCAAUGGCAGAUCCAUAUCAAGUAACUGAAGCUAGAGAAGAUGGACUUGAUGCCAAACAGUUCUUGGAAGAUAAUGACUCUUUUUCCUUUUAUUCAAAAUUUAAAAAUGGAAGGGACCUUGUGGUGACUGGACUCACAGGAACCAAUGUAAUGGAUGUUCAGAUUUUACUUGUAUCUCCACCUUCAUGACUAUAAGAAGAGAAUAGAAGAUGAAGCAGAAGUAGACUCAGAGGAGGGGUCUUGGGGGUCUGGAGCUUCCCCCUUCCCAUCAGACCCAUGGAUAAUUUUUAUCCUACUAGUCUACCAUAAAUAGAUACUCACAACCACAGGUUUGCAUGUUACUUAAUUCUCAACAGGAGGUAUUAAGGUUUACUUAUUUACUUUACUUAUUUUUUGGUUUAUUUGGGCUGUAGUGUAAAUAAAAAUUUUUUGUCUGAAUCAAAAUUUAGAUCCCUUAUUCCCUGAACCACCCCUGUUCCUUACUUUUGGUUCUCACAACUAAUAGGUAAAUUAUUUUUCCUUUGAAAGGUUGCAGAUAGCAAAUCAAGCUUCCUUUUGAGUUGAAAACUUGAAAUUACCAGUGUGAAAAUUGCAUAUUGGUGGUGUAAAUCAAACUGUAAGCUGUUGGGUGUCUGGCAUAUUGAAAUUAGUAUUUUGGAUCAACACUUAUUUUUUUUCUAAAGUAAAAGCUCUGUAAAAGUUCAAUUGCAAACUGCUUUGUUUUGUUCCCUUUCUUUUAAGUCUUUGUUUGUUUGAGCAGAUGUGUGCUUUAUAACCCAUUUGAAGUCAAACAGAUGUGUGCUUUUUUAAGUCUUUGUUUGUUUGAGCAGAUGUGUGCUUUAUAACCCAUUUGAUAUUUCUCAAGAUAACAUUAUUUGACCUUAUUCUCUAACCUGUUUGUAUAAUCAGAUAAGGGUAUUACAGGUGAGGUUAUCCUGGAAGUAUUAUCCUCUCUUAACUGCACAUCACUCUCUUGAGGGCAGGCCGCCAUUUUGAAUUUCCGCGAAAAGUGGUCCACCAAUAUGGCGACCGGAAGUUUUGUGAUGUCACAUGCAAACCAUCUAUUAAGCAGCACUGUAUUGGCGGUCACCCUUCAUUAAGCAGUCAGUUGUCAAAGUUCCAAAUUUGUUUCCCCCUUAAUCACUGUAAUUCUCCCCUCUAUAAAGUAGUCUUGGUCACCCUUCACUGGGUCCCAACAGCUUGUCCAUAUUGCCUUCCACCCAUACUGAAUGGUUACUUAAGCAGAACCACUCAAGUAAUCCUUUCAAGUAAAAUUCAAACCCUGUUUCUCUUCUGAAAACAAUGUUGGUAGUAUUUCUGAGCGAACUUUUGCACAUCUAGUAGUCAAUAAUGGCAUAACAUGGCAUUUUUUUAUUGUUUUUUUAUAAUACACCUAUUCUGUGGAACCUACCCUGUUAUUCCCCAAGGGUGGCAGGUUCAACUGUAUGUACCUCUAUCUAUCUAGGAGAUAAGUAAU